AUGUGCAGCCGGCCGAGGUAUGUUCACCACGGGAGUGAUGGUGCGAGUGACAGUGAGGACGAAGCCGACUACGGGCCCCUAUUUAGGAGUCCGGCUUUGGGUAAUGUGGAGUGUCUGUCACUACAAGGAUUCAGAGCGGAAUACCUGCGCCCCCGAGUUGAGGACAGUAUGGUCCCAUCUCGUUUGCACACGUGGGAUCCCAUCCCUUCCGUUCGACACCUGGAGCUCGAGGAAUGUAAUGUUCCAUUCCUCCGUUUCGCGCGCAUCCUACCGAACCUUCGCACGAUAGUCUUAGACGACGUUCUCGACAUGUGGCAGGACAACGGCACCCUUGGCGAGACUUGGCCCUCGCUGGACCGCAUCACUGUCCAGUCGACAUGCGAUUCCGUUACUGAGAGUGAAUGGUGGAAGGUCGCUUGUCCCGUACAUUACGUGGACCUCCGUUGCUCUGAAUCCGGCGGUCCUAUUGACGAGGAUGAUGGGGGAAUCGAAGCAGUUGCGGAAGGAAUACGAGACACAAAACCCGUUGCACUUGCUGUGCAACUGAAGGCCUGUGUUGACCGUUAUUUCUGGGAGAUGUUGGCUCGACCGCCGUUCACCCUGAAAUGUCUAGAGAUCAAUCUACACAUGUCGGGAGAACAGUUGAUGUCAUGGCUGGCUACAGUUGUUCCGAUACUCGCAAAUCUUGAGCUCAUGCUCCUUCAGGUGCAUAUCCAUAGCCCCCUUGAUGGUAGUGCUACGCCAUCUGUAGAUAUGCACCAGCUCGGUGGGCUUCCCGAACCUGAAGUGGACUUCGAGCUGUUUCGCGCUGUCUGUCAAUUCAUUCCGGCUGUCAUUGCGAAAAGCAUUCCAUCACUGCGGUAUCUUUCAAUUGUCACUGAAGAGGGUUCGCGUGUUGACGGUAUGCAUGGAUGGUGGCGGACAACAUGGGAGGACGGAGGUCGUAAGAUCGAGGUCAUUCCCGCUGUUCAGGGGGAGGCGAUAAUAGCACAUGUGCGCUCAACGCCGGGUGCAGAGCAGCCUUUUGUACAAAUGCUUUUUUGCGUGCAUAUGGCCCUCAUGCGGUUCAUGCGACUCUUCCCGAACGCUCGCAGACUCGUCUUGGACGAUACUAACAUAUGGAAUGCCAACGACGGCAAAUGCUGGCUAACGUUGGACUACGUCUCUGCACAGGUCGCUGAUAUGAAGCUUGCGCUGAACAACUCGACUGUUCACUAUUACAGGACUAUGGACGAGGAAAUAACUGUACUUCUAGAGGCAAUAUGCAACAUGUCACCGGCAGUGCCCACUUUAAAGUACAAUAGCCUUGAUUCUCCUCAUUGGCAGUGA